GGCUAAACAGAUCAUAUGGUUCAAGGGAAGUCAAGAGAACUGUGCGGAAGAGAAUUUUGCUUGCAAUAAAUUCAAUAAUUAAUCGUUAUCUUUAUUCUUUCAGUAUUUGUUAUUCUCAGACGGUCUAUGGUUAUUCCGCAUUGAAGAUGAAUAGUGUUGGAGAGGGCUGCACUGAACUAAAACGGGAAUAUGACCAGUGCUUUAACCGUUGGUUUGCUGAGAAAUUCUUGAAGGGAGAUCGAAGCGGUGAUCCCUGUACCGAAAUGUUCAAGAAAUAUCAGCAUUGUGUCCAGAAGGCCAUAAAAGAAAAGGACAUUCCCAUUGAUGGCGUAGAAUUCAUGGGCCCAAAUAAAGAGAAACGUGACAGAUGAGAUGGAUCUCCCCAACAACGUUGCCUUGUGACUCACUGGCAUCGCUUACUGGGCAUGCAAUGGAACAUGAACAGUGUGUCCACCAAUUUAGCUUGAAUUGGGUUUUGUUUGAGGUCGCUGUCCUCGUGUGGAGACUAAAGAGCAUUCAUAUGAAGGAUCCAAAGUGCUGAAUGACAAUUGGGAUUGGAUUUUGAUUACAAAAGGAACCUAUGAAUCCAGACAUUUGGGUCAGACCAAUAAACAUCCAUGGUCACAAGAUGGAUAUAAUGUGGUGGGCACUUCAGAUGAUCAUUGUAAAAUAAUUGAUGCUUUGCAAAGGGAGUUUUAUUGAACUUUUUAAAUUCUGGAAUUGUCAAUGUAUAUUAGUGUCCUGGCAUAAUGUCCCUCAAGACAACUGAAGAGGGCAUCAAUGUGGAUGCAUUGGACUUGGUUCAUACUGUACAAGAUUAGAAGUUGUGGGUCUCUUUGCUCCAAGUAAUUUUUUUUUACUGGAAUGUGUUUAGUUCAGUGAUGCAAUGUAAUGUGAUUAACAUAUACAUUGACAAAGCAAUAAAUAUAAUAAUCAUGUUUCA